AUGAUGAUCAAAGGAAAGGAAUGUCUGAAGCUACAUACUAGAAAAGUCAAGCCAUUCUUUGUAGGUGUCACCAAAGCUGUCGAUUUAUGUGCUGCUCCGGGAAGUUGGAGCCAGGUGCUGUCGAAGCGACUCUUUGAAAAUGGAAAAGACAGGGAUGAUGUCAAAAUCGUUGCCGUCGAUCUCCAGCCGAUGUCACCGAUCGCCGGCGUCACACAAAUUCAAGGUGACAUUACCGAC